AUGGAAAAAUAUAUGCUAGUUCUGUUUGUGUGUCUGUCUUUAGGUUCGGCCACAAUCAUUAUACCUCAGGAGUUUCCAAGUGUUUCAGAUUUAUUUCUCAAGUUUUUACCCAUUAUAAGGAAAGGCACAGAACAAUCGCGCAUCGGCUUUGGUUUCGCGUAUGGCAACCACGCCGAUUUUCAAACCGUCUUACAAUUUGGGCCGGACAGAGAGAACAACUGUCCAACUUGCAACACCAACAGAAGACGUCAGAUCAACCAAAAAGCGCAAAAGAAGAAAAAAGCCGUUUCGAAAAAUGUUGAGGAAAAGGGGCAAAAACUUAAAGCUAUAAAAGAAGAGAUAGAACAAAGAGAGAACUAA